AUGGAGCGGACUCUGAGCUCCAAGAGAAGCGGGGCAGGGGCCGCGCUGGUGCCAUCUGGGAUGACCGAGCGGCAGAUGCUGGCGAUGGCGCUGGAGGAGAGCAGGAGGGCGGCUGUGGCUGCCAAGCACACAGCUGUGCAGGAGGAAGAUGGCGGGAGCUCAGAUGAGAGCAGCAGCGAUGACGAGAGCUCGGCCGGUGGCGCGCGAGCGCGCGGCAGCGGAAAGCAACAACAGCAGCAGCAGCAGCAGCGUGCGGCCGGCGACAGCAAGCCGGGCAAAUGGUGUCGCCCGCGGCAGCGGCCUGGACUGCUGGCUGGUAGCAAUGCCAAGGCGAAUGGAAAAUCAGUGGGAACGCCGCGGAAAAGGGCGCGGGUGGAGGCGACAGAGUUUCGAACGGCGACGUCGUCGGAGAAUUCCAAGGCCUCGCGUACGACGCAGCAGCUGCUCGAUCUGGGGGGCUCAGUGCGGGGGUCCCUUGAGGGGUCCCUCACAGCCGGCGAUGUGGCGGCCGCGGCUGCCGGCCAGCGCCGCGGCGACUCGGCCGACUCGGAGCACAACAGCAUCAGCGGCGGCAGCGGGCAGCACGCCGGGCAGGGGGACAUGGAAAUGGAGAAACCCAAGCACGAAGCCGGCAGCGAGGGCGCCGGCGAGAGUGAGCACCAGAGGCCGACAGGCGCAGGUGCCCCACAUGAGGAGAACGCAGCCGGCCAGCUGGACGCACGCACGAUUGCCGAGAUGGCGCGCAAGCGCCGGGAGCGCUUCGGCACGAGCGGCGAGCCGGCUGCUGCGCACAAGAAGCCGCUGCGCCGCGCGCCAUCCUGCGCAUCACCACAGAAGCUGACGGUCAACAGCAGCCAGCAGAUGGAAGCGGUGGCGCGCAGCCGCAGCUGCCUGGCUGCGCUCGUGGAGUCGGAUCUUUUCCCUGACACUCCCCGGCGCGGCGGGGCCGCCUCGAAAACCGCGACCCCAGCGGUUACGCCGACGCUCGCCUCUGCCGAGGCCGCGGCCCAGGACAGCGCCGCGCGGGAGGCCGUGGAGGAUCAGAAGGUAUUGGCGUGCGGCAACGCGGCGGCGGCAGCGGCUGCAGGCGGCGCGGAUUCUGCGGCCAGCCCGGUGCGGACGCCGUCGCCGGUGGCGGGCUCGCCGCGGUCGCUGCAGGGGAGCGAAGUGGUUGACCCUGAUCUGGCGGGCGAUGUCAGGCUGAAGCUGGGGGAGGUGAAGCGCGAGGAGGAGGAGUUUGCGCGGCAGGGCACAGGCCCCCAGCAGCCCGCGCGCGCCGUGCAGCCGGCGGCGCCCAAGCAGCCGAAGCAGCGGAGGAAGCCGGGCCCAUCGCCCAAGCAGCGGCUGCCGGCGCUGCAGGUUCUUCGCGACAGCCCCGAUUCAGCCACCCUGGACCCUCUGGUGAAGGGGGAGGGAACGCCCUCCGCCCACGCCCCCAGGAAGGGCCGGGCUGCUGGCGCCAAUAGGGGUGUGCGCAGCGUCAGCCGCACGCCGUCGCGCAACCUGCGCUGGGCCAGCAGCCACCUCAGCUCCCCCUCUGGCGGCCUCGGACGGCGCCUGCGCUCGGCGGUGGUGGAGGAGUUCAAGCACAACACGGACGCGUCGGACCCUUUCGCGUGGCAGCCGCAGACGCCAGCUCGGGCGCGCGCAUCCGCGCUGCUGGCCGCCUGCGCAGUGCUCGCCGCCCAGGACAAACAGCUGUCAGCCCCUGAAACACCCUCUCCCCGUCCCGCCGCCUGCCCUUUAAAGCAGCAGCAGCGGAGGCAGCAGGAGCAAAUGGACGUCAUGGACUACCAACAGCAGCAGUCUCCCUGCCCAACGCCGGCCCGCCACUCAGCCAACGCCGUGCCGCCUCCUGCGCAAGCACAAGACACGCCGGUACUGGAUGCAUGUAACGAGCAGCCAAGUCAUGCGCAGAUCAUGGAUAUCGGCGCGACAAAUGAGGCGACAGCGAUAAAAGUCGAGCUGGAGCUGUCGGCCGAGUUGGCCACGCCGCCGGGCUCUCCGGCCGCCACAGCCGGCGGUGCGAGCGCUGACGCGUUCAUGACGCCGGCCCGGCAGAUGCUGCGCGGCAGUUCGGUGGAGUUUCCUGCGCUGGAUGCGGGUGUCAGCCCUGCAGCAACGCCGGUGCUGUGCACGCCCUCGCUGACGCCGGCCGUCAAGUGGCGGCUGCCGCUGUGGAAGAAGCUGCACCCGCUCUGCCUUGACUUACAGCGCCCUGACGAGCAGGCGGAGCAGUGUUGUGACAUGGAGGCCCCGUCUGCAGCAGCGACCCCUGCGCCAGCGCGCCACCUGGCGUUUGCGGCUGCGCUGCCGUCACCGGCGCGCGCACAGGUGGCGGAUGCGGCUGCGCAGGUCUGCGCCGCCUUUAAGGGCCGCCACGGCCUCGAGGGACGCCGCCUUGAGCUGUCCUCCAACUGUGCUACCGAUGAGCCAGGCGUGUGGAGGCCAGAGGCACUUGCAGCGGCGCAGAAUGCAGCGCCAUUCCAGGGCUCCCGGCUGGGCAAGGCGCUGACGGCAUGCUACGGCCGCAGCCGCUACACAGGGGCCGCCGCAGCCGGAUUCCGCGGGGGCUGCGCGGGAUUACGGGCCCCGUAUGCGGCGGCCCGUAACACGCCAGCCUGGCGCUCGGCGGCCAUCAGCCGCUCCGGCUCUGCCGCCUCCUCCUGCGGCCUUGGCGUCAACCCCCACCUGGCCAGGCAGCGCACGCAGCGCAACCUGCAGAACACUUGGGACGAUCUUCUGGCGCGACAGGCGCUGGAGGCAUGCACUGCCGAGGCCCUGGCUGCCUGGGCUAAGCCUGAUGAAGCAUCUGCAUGA